AUGGCAUCUAAGUUGAAUUCCAGGUUCUUUACCCGGCUAAUCUUACCAGCCUUCGUCCUCCUUUUCGUCUAUUCCACUACCCUCCUCUAUACUCCCUCUGGACCCGCAAACAAAUCCCAGAUUGCAAUUUCAACCCCACACCCGGACCCAAACCCAUGCAACAUCUUCGAAGGCAAGUGGGUAACCGACCCAAGUCGCAAGCCCAUGUAUGAUGAGACCUGCCCUUUUCACAGAAACGCCUGGAACUGCCUCAGAAACCAAAGGGCUCACAUGGGUCGGAUCAAUUCUUGGAGAUGGGAGCCCCAAGACUGUGUUUUGAACCGGGUUGACCCGGAGAAGUUCUUGGGUAUGAUGAGAAAUAAGAACAUUGGGCUUGUCGGGGAUUCGUUGAACGAGAAUUUUUUGGUUUCGUUAUUGUGUAUUUGGAGAGUGGCUGACGAGGGUGCUAAGAAGUGGAAGAGGAAAGGGGCUUGGAGAGGAGCUUAUUUUCCUAAGUUCAAUGUUACUGUUGCUUAUCAUCGUGCUGUUUUGCUGGCCAAAUACCAGUGGCAGCCAAAAGAUUCUGUGCUUUCUGAUGGAGAUGGAGUAAAAGGAACAUAUCGGGUGGAUGUUGAUAUUCCUGCAGAUGAAUGGGCCAACAUUGCUGAUUUCUAUGAUGUUUUAGUAUUCAAUACUGGUCAUUGGUGGGGCUACGAUAAGUUUCCUAGAGAGACUCCACUUGUAUUUUAUAAGGCUGGGAAACCAAUACAUCCUCCCUUUGAAAUGUUGGAUGGACUUAAAGUUGUUCUUAAAUCUAUGGUUGCUCACAUAUGGGAAAAAUUCCCUGAAAAGACACUGAAGUUUUGGCGGUUGCAAUCACCAAGACAUUUUCAUGGUGGUGAAUGGAAUCAAAAUGGUAGUUGCGUGUUUGAUGAGCCUCUCGAAGAACCUCAGCUUGACUUGUGGUUCAACCCCAGCAACAAUGGUGUAAACAAAGAAGCCAGACUGCUUAAUCAUCUAAUCCAGGAGGCAUUGAAAGGCACAGAUAUCAAAACACUUGAUCUGACUCAUAUGAGCGAGUACAGAUCAGAUGCCCAUCCAGCAAUUUGGUUGGGAAAGAAGGACGCGGUGGCUGAAUGGGGUCAGGACUGCAUGCACUGGUGCCUUCCAGGUGUUCCUGACACAUGGGUUGAUAUCUUGUCACAGCUGAUCCAUUAUCACCUGGGAAGUGGGUAAUUGCUGCAGGCUUCAUGUGGAGGUCUACCGUUUCUGGGAAAAUCAUACUGAAGUUUCUGCAGCUGCUGCUCCAGAUGCAUAACUGUAGUGAAAUGCGAUUUGGCAGUUAGAUUUGUAACAUCAGAUUGUUGAGGCUUCUGCAGAGCACCAUCAUGCAGCAGCUAUGGAGUCUGAAGGAACAAUAUAAGAACUAUUAUUCUUCACCCCGUUUUGCUUUCAUUUAUGGGUGGGGAUAGGGAAUGUAACCAGACUUACCUUGAGCACAUUGUCAUGUGAAAUAUUUUCCAGUUCCCUUCUUUAUCCCCUUCCUGGGGAUGAGGCUGCUGGAGAUGCAAAUAGAGAUGGUGAACAAGUAAAAGCUACAUAGGUUGACAGCUGAGAUGAAACUUAGAUUGGAUUGAUCUGUAUCAUCCACAACACAUAACUAAUUUAUUGUUGUUCAUGAUUCAUUUAUUCUUUAUCUGGGUUCUAGUUAAUACAUCUUGCCCUUUGCCUGUCA